CACUUAUUUGAAUUCCCGCUUAAAGGCAAUUUGAUAGAUGAAGAUGGAUACGUAAUUGCUAUUAAGGGAAGGGUUCUGGAGUUUUUAACUUUUAGGAAAUUAAUUUCCUCCCAAACAGCACUUUAGUUUAGUUUAGUCCCUGACGUCACCGCCGGGAACAGUAGGCGGCCGUCAGAUCCCUACCAUUCCCUUCACUCUUUCAUUCUUUCUUCCCCCAUCUUCCUUCCAAUCGAAUCUUUUCCCUCUUAUCCUGCGCACACCGGCCGACAACCCAGCGCACUUUAGCAAACUUGAUCUCUCUGCUACUCCUUUCCUCCUCCUAAAAAUGGAACCCUCAACCUCCCGAUCCCGCACCGGCGGCGGCGGCGGCAGCGGGGGGCGGGAAGACUGCUGGAGCGAAGGCGCCACGGAGACGCUAAUCGAGGCGUGGGGUGAUCGCUACGUCAGCGUCAAAGGCGGAAAUCUCCGCCAGAAGGACUGGAAGGAAGUCGCCGAUGAAGUCAACUCGCGGCGCAGCGGCGGACCGAAGAAGACCGACAUCCAGUGCAAGAACCGAAUCGACACUUUGAAGAAGAAGUACAAGGUCGAGAAGGCCAAACCACCGCCGUCGAAGUGGCAGUUCUACCGCCGCCUCGAUUCCCUCAUCAGUUCCGCCACAACGGCCUCCGGCGCCGCCGGCAGUGUAACCCUAACUGUCAGACCCAAAUCCAAAUCCAAAUCCAAAUCCGAAUCCCAAUCUAAAUCACUUCUGCUUAAGGCUGCCGAAGAGCUGUCGGGCGGGUCGGAUUCAAGCUGGUCCGGCGGGGACGGCGAUGCAGGGUUCGACCAGAGGGCGGUGAAGAAGCAGCACCGGAUGGAGGACGUAGGAUGCUCCGAUGGAGCUGCCUGUAGGGAAUUGGCGAGGGCGAUUCUGAAAUUCGUGGAGAUAUACGAGAAAGUAGAAAGCUCGAAGCAAAUUCAGAUGGUGGAGCUGGAGAAGCAGAGGAUGGAAUUCACUAAGGAGCUUGAGUUUGAGAGGAUGAACAUGUUUAUGGCUGCACAAUUGGAGAUGGAAAAGAAGAAGUCACUGAAGAAGCGAGCCAAAGACGCUUCUGGGUCAGUGGAGACUAAAUUCCUGCAAACUGGAUGCUAUUUAAUUGGGAACAAGGGAGGAAUUUAGUACUAGAAUCACAUCUGCUGGUCUUGUCUAACCACACCUCUAGAGAAGGAAUCAUCGAACUCCUGUUGCUGCAAUCGAAGUCUGGGGUGGAGAAUGACAUGACUGCUCUUUGUAUCUUAUGGCUUUAAGUUCUAACAUCGAUUAACUCCUUUGUACAUGUGAUUAGGUUGUUUUCCGCUACCGGGUUUCUCUGCACUUGGUAUAAUCCAGAGAUGAUAAAAUCACUCACUCUGUACCUUUUGUACUACUACUACUACUACUGCAGCUGCUGUAGUUAAUGGCAUUCCUUUGCUUUCCCAUUCGGAGUGGGUCUGUAAUGUAGGUUGUUAUUGCAAUAAAGGCACCACCUUCCCUUCACCUCGAGCAAUAUUUCUUGGGUUGGAUCUUGGUGUC